AUGGAGCACUACCCCAAGGUCCUCAUCCAGCAAUUGGCGCCGUUUGUCAAACUCGAGGUCGCCAAGUCCUUGGAAUCCUCGCCAGUGGCCGAAUGCUUCUCCAAGAAUAUCGCCCAGUUCAACAUCAGUGGAAAGGUUUGGGAUAACUCCAUCAUCAAAAAUAGACUCCUGAACGUUCGCUACGUGGUCGAGGUGGUCAAGGAAUCACAAAAUGCCCACUCACUCCCCGUCAAGACCGUUUCCCAAGAAGAACACUCGGUUCUAUCUCCAUUCAAUGUCGACUCCGACUUGUUUCCCAAUGGCAUUCUCUCCCCGAAGUGGUUCCUCAAGUACGCCCAAGACUUGCCCUUUGCCUUCAUCAAGACUAUGCUACUUUCGCAAGACCCUGCUGAAGAUGAUGACUUGGUCAAGCAAAUCAAUUCCCUCAAAAUGUACUACAACAGCCAAAACGUCAAGUUUGUCGUGAUCCUCGUGUCACAGUCCGAAGACGCAGACGUCGAUCUGAGAGUAGACCACUUGCGCAAUGCCACCAACUUGCCCAGAUUGACAGGCUUGCUACACCUCCACAAUACCGACGAGACGUUGGCCAGGGACUCCGAGUUGGUGAUAACCACCCUCUUUGCGAACUUGAAAUCGGCUGCUGUCGACUUCUACUCCAACAUCGAGUACAAGAUAAACCAGCGAAACAAGAAGUACUAUACCUGUCCUUCCACUCAGGGAAUAGACUCAGACAUAGAAAUCACACCCAAAGCACUCGAAACCAGAAAUUUGAUCAAGCAAGCCAUGAUCAACCAGCUCACUAAUCCCCGGAAUCUCGAGCAAGCCCUCAAAUUGUUAGAGUUGUCAUACCAGAACUUGGUGGAGUUGCUCAGGGAUGAUUUUGCUAACAAGAUCCAGCAGUUCACCAAGGUCUCGGCUCACGAUCUCAAUCUUUUCUACCAGUAUCGCCAGUUGUGCGAUAUUAUUGCAUUUCAUAUUGUCAGAGGAUACUUCUCGCUAGAAGAUCCCAUUACUGCAUUGAAAAAACACAAGACCCACAUAGCGAAUAUAUUGAGCAUCGUGUGGGUAGAGGGUAAUGCAAGCUUGCAGAACUACAGUGAUAACUGGGUAGCCAUACAGUAUGAGUGGCUCGCCCAAUUGAUGCUGUUGGUCCCUCCUUCCGUACUUAAAGAUUUGCAGAUACUGACAAAGAGGUCUUCCAAGGCUCAAAGCCUUCCGUAUUACGGAGGUUUGAAGAUACUUGGAAAGUAUUCGUUUGAUAUUAUCACUUCCCCUACAUUGGGGUUUUUGAAGUCAGUGUACUUUUUGAAGAAAGUUAAACAGACCGAACCGGGUCAAUAUGCGUACCUAUUUGAAGAUAUGACUUCAAAGGAGAUAAAAAUGAGAAUCAUUAACUUGCUUGAGAAGUCCGUCAAUGCAACGGUGCUGCUGCCAUUGGCAAUUUCUGAUGACCAAAUCGAAUCAUUAUCAUUUCUCCUGUAUAUCAACUGGCUUGUGGCAGAAGAGUUCUACUUAUUGAGUGACGACGAUUCGAUCAAAAAAGCGGUCGAAUUCUACGAAUCCUCGCUUGCAAACUCGGCAAUCGAGAAAUGGGCUGGUGUAUCCAGUGUGAUAUUACAGAAGCUAAUAAUGUGCUACGAUAAAUUGAAAGAUCUGAAGAAUGAAUUGAUAAACAUCUUGAAGCUUGCUAAGGUAUCAGAUAAGGGACAUUUAGCAAUGGUCUCUAAGAAUGAAAAGCUUUUAGACAACGAGGAUAUUCACAACACGUCUCUAGAUGAUGAUGCGAAAAGUUUAGGGAAUUUGAUCGACUGCCAUGCCUUGGUAUUGAGCAAAGAUAAUAGCGAGGCUUACAUGUUUGAUAAAUGUCAGGUUCAAUUAACAUUGAAGAAUAAUUUGAAUGUGGACUUGGUGGAGAAGUUCUUACCAACUGGGUCUAGGGCUAAAUUGGUCGUCGAGCAAUUGGACUUAUCUAUAGCCAGGUUGGAUGGAAAACAAACCAGCAAAAGAACAGUGACGUUGAAGCAUGAAGUAACUGAUCAACUGUCUUUCUACUCUGAAUUGGAUUUGCAGUCCUCUGAUAUUCAUCACUACAUAGGGAAGGCUAACCUUGAAUUGGACAGUAAUAGUGGAAUUUCAAGACUCAUCCAGUUUGAUCAAGUCUUCCAGAAAACAGGGUUGUACGAGAUACAAAGCUUGAAAACCCAACUCAAACUUGUCAUUACUUUGAAUAACAAGACAUACGAUCUAACGAAACUGGAAGUGAUUGACCUCGACACGAAUCCAUUUUCGGUUUCGACUCAUCACAACACUCUAUACACCCCAAUUCCUGGGCGUGAAGCCAAUAAGCUUGAAGAUCUAGCCAAAAAAUGGUUCAGAAUUACCACCACAAAUUCUAGAAGAAUCAAAGUGUCACCACUAAGACCUGAUCUCGAAGCAUCGAUUGACGGAGAGAUACCGUCCAACUUGUUCUUGGGUGAAAAAGUAAUCAUCCCAGUUCGAAUCAAAUAUAAGAGUCCUCAGAACCAACUGGUCAAGUACAAAAAGCUAUCUGUGCUACUGUCAGCCAAGAUCUCUUGGGAAAAGAAUGAUUUGGAUGUGGAUGUUACCACCCAAAUUAGCUGGAAUGGGCUCAAAGAUGACGAAGCAUUGGACUUACAGGGAUCUGUCACUGAUUCUCGGCAUGAAGCGGUGUAUUCCUUGAAUGUCAGCCUUCUCAGCCCUCCCAACGGAGACUUUGAACACGCUAAAGCAAAACUUUUGCUCAAUUUUAGGACUAUUGUAUCUGAAGAAACCGGAGAGGUUGAGGAAGAGGAGGACGAGUCUAUAUAUGAUGCCAACACCUACGAGAUACCAAUUUUGGCCAAACCUUUCCAAGCAAGCUGUGUGAUUUGUCCCAGGUGCAGAACUGAUGGGCUGGAUAUGCCGUCACCCUUUUUGAUUUCGGAAGCCCUGGAGGAUGCUACUAUCAUGCCAGUUGCAACUAGGCUCUGGCUUGUGGAGUACACCUUGAAAGCAUUGAACCAGAGUGAUCUCUUGAUAGUGGGUUCGGAGAUCAAUGUCAAGGCUAAAAACCCAGAGGUGGUUGUUGAAGCCAUUCAGGAUUCCGAGAGUCUGGGUACCGUUUCGAGCCAGUUAGUCACUACUCGAAGCAAGACUGGAUUCACUCAUAGAAAUGCCAGUGUUUCUGCUUCAAUUAGUGUGAAGUGGAAGAGAAACGGCAGUGAGCUCGUGAACACUUAUACCAGUGAAGAGGUCGAAAUUGUGCUUCCACUUUCGGACCCGAGAGUGUUAGUUAAUAUAGACGCAGAAGACAAGGGAAAGGCCAAGAUCCAGUACAUUCUUGAAAAUCCCACCUCCAGAAUCUUCAUGUUCACCACACAAUUGGACGAGGGCGAAGGAUGGAGCUUUGAAGACGAUCGUAACCUAUUGCCCUUGAAACAGCCUGCAUUCCCGGUAUUGCCAUUUACCCAACACAUUAUGGAGUAUUACUGGCAGUAUGAAAAUGAACAAUGGGUCAAGGUGCCCAACUUGCGGGUGUUUGAUGUUCAGUAUAAGGUGGGGUUGCCGCUUUUAUCUGUUUCUGAGAGUAUUGUGAUGAGGGAGAACCGUUUGUUCUGGAAAUCAACGGGUGUAUAG